AAAGAAAAAAAAAAAAACAAAAAAAAACGGGCGAGGCCUGAGGCGAAAGUGGCCGCCGCCGCUGCCGCCUCUCCUUCCCCCCUCCCCCCCACCCUCUUCGGGGAGAGCGGCGCUGAGGCCCAGCCUGACCCGAAGGCCUCAUCGCAACCGGGCCCGCCUUGGAGGGAUCCGGGGGCAACGGCUAGACCGCUAUCAUGCGCCACAGUCUGGCCCAGCUCUUAGCGGCUUCGUCGGGCCAGGGAAAACCCGGAGAGCCGGUCGCGGCCUGCUCGUUUCCAAGCCCGGGAGUCGAGCGGCGGCCUGAGGAGGAGACGGAAACGGCGGCGGCGGCCAUGGCCGAAGAUUCCCUGGAGGAGCCUGAGGAAGGCGAGCUGCUCUUCCCCGCGGGGCUGGAGCUGGACGCCUGGCUGGAGGCCGCGGUGGGCGGCGGCGAGGCUUCCCCUCCUCCGGCCUGGGGCAGGGCGAGUCCGCAUGCCGAGGCGUCGCGGCCUUCGAGCUCUUCCAGGCCGACGCGCCCGGGCGGCAACCGCCUGAAAGCGGCGGCGGCGGCUCGCCUCAACCGGCAGAAGAAGAAGCUGUACGUGCAAGGCCUGGAGACGCGGCUGCAAGGCUUGGCGGCCGAGAACCGGCAGCUCCGCGACCGCAACCGGGGCCUCUGCCGACGCCUGCGCGACCUGGAACGGGAGACGGGCUACUUGAGGGCCGUGCUGGCUAACCAGAGCGCUUUGGGCCGCUUGCUCGGACGCUUAGCCGGAGACGGCAGCUUAGGGCUCCGCAUGAGGAUCAGCACCAGCCUCUUCCGAGAAACGGCGGCCGGAGCCUUCGGAGAGAACGGCGACCACGACUACGCGCUCCCGAUCCCGGCGGAAGAACCGGCGGAGAAGCUCCUUUCCUCCUCCUCCUCGUCGUCCUCCUCGUCGGCCAGACCCGGCGGCGUUUGCCUCCACGUGGACCGCGACCACCUUUCGGUGGAGUUUUGCUCUCUCUGCGCCAAGCGGGCGGCCAGCUCGGAGACUUUGGCGGCCGCUGCUGCUGCUUCUUCUCCUCCUCCUCUUCCUCCUCUUCCUCCUGCUGCUUCCUCCUUGCUCUCCAAAAUUUUCUCUUUUAGGUGCUUGCCCUGCCAGGCUCCGUUGUGUAGGGGUUAAAAGAACAGUCGUUUACCACCUCGCAACCUGGGUGGAGAAGAUUUUCUGCCGACAAGCUCAUGCUGGUUUGGGGGCUAGCACAUACGUUUUCCCUGCAUCAACUGACUGUUGCGUUUAAGUGCUUUAUAUUUAAACUUCUGUAAAAUGGGGAAAUAAGGGUUGUGAAAUAAUGUAAAGUGAGGUUUCACAAAGAAUAUUAAACCUGGAAAAAUGAGUUGCCUCCACAAAGGCUUCCUCUUAUCUUGUCUCGAAUUAGAAACAUAUGAAUAUUUCUCCCAUGAAUGAAAUGCAAAAUUCUCAAAAUCUGUUGCGUGUUCAACCACAAGAUUUUCUUUGUGAAACCUUGCUGUUUAAUGAAGUAUGUGUAUAUUUAGCAUCCUUGUUUUUCUUUAUGCUGAAGUGGAUACAGCUGUCAUGGGCAGAAGAGACGGGACCAGCUGCUGGCCACCCUUCCUGCUUUAUUUUAAAAGGUAGUAUGAGAAAAAGGGAGCAAGGUAACAGGGCAUUGGCUGUAUUUCACUUUGAAAACAACACUGAACAGGGUAACAAUGUUUUGAACAACUAAUCCAAUCUAGCAAGAAAUUAAAUAUACUGAUGUGAAAAGUGGCAUCAUUAAAAAAAAGCAUUUGCUUUCUCACUGGCUAUUUCAUGUUUUCAUAUUCUGAAAUUGACUAAAUUGUUCAAACUUUUAUUCAUGUAUCAGACGAUUGAUAACUCCUUAAAUUUCCCAAGCUAGAAUUAGGAUUGCUGCGAAGACUAUUUUAAUUCUCUUUUAAUUGAUGUACAGUAGCUGUUUUCACUUCUAUUGUCACAUCUGCUAUAUUAAUGUACCUAUACAUAUUCCCAUCUCUAAAUCAGUAGGAGCACCUACAAGGAAACUGGCAAGUCUUUUCUUAAGGCAGUUGCAGCACUGCAGAGAACUAAUUUCUUUACCAGUUCAUUUCUUGAUAUUAUCCCAUACUUAGUAAGUGGCUAUUUUUUAGAAGUCUUCUAAAUGUAGUAGUCCUUGCCAGAUAAUAAACUGAAAUAUGAAAAUAUAGACAAAUUUCUCAGUUUUUAAUCAUGCUUCAAUAUCUUUAAAUGGCAGCAAUUUAUUGUCCGUAAUUCAUUCAUUUAGUCUCUUGGGACUCGAUAGAAUUUAGUGGUUUCUUUUUUUGUAUUGCCGAUAGCCUUUGGCCAACAGGAGGAAAGAUUUGUGACAUACUUGUCUGUGGUUGUAUUUCAAGAAGCAAAUGCCUUUUUAAAUUGCUUUUCACAGAAGUCAUUUUGUUAAUGUUGCAUUAUUGUGAAAUGGAAUCCUCUUUUCUUUUGUAUCAUUUAAAAUGUUGUGAGAUUAAAAUAUAUAUAUAUAUAUUCUGGGUAUUUAACCAUGUGUGUCGUUGAAAAAUAAACUGUUGCCUUGAAUACCAUUCUCAGCAUAGAAAGUGAGUGACACAUUUGCUUAGGCAAAAGCCCAGAAGUGAAGACCUGCAGGGAUUUUAGUGCCUACUAAAACAUAUUCAAGCCAAAUAGAUUUGCAAAUAUUUUGUCCUUGUUAACCAGUUUGAUUAUUUCUUGAAAUUAAAGCUUGAAUGGAAUAUCCUAAUAGUACUUCGAAAAUAUGUCAGUGUUUCUGUGUAAGUAAUUCAGGCAUACUUAUGAGGACAUCUAUUCAAAUUAAAAAUGUUUACCUUCA